AUGGAUAGGGACAGAAAUCGACUAAGAGUGUUGAUACAUGAGAACGAGGUUUUGAAAAGGUUCGCGAGCGUGGAGAGUAAAGUUCGUGAAAGAGAUCCUGACUUAUACGAGCAGUUUUCAAAGCUGAGGAAUGAUGUCAGUAGUUGGAACUCAGCUGUCAGGAGGAUCAGUUAUCAGUCAGAUCUAUCAAUGACACAUGCCAAAGAUGACUUAGAAGAGGACAUUCCAGCCGAGGAACCCAGUGACCACGGAAUCGAACAAGAAGUAGACCAGGAGGGAGAGGAAGAGGAGAAAGAGAGGGACGAAGAGGCAAUGAGUGAGGAGGAAGAGAAAGAAGAAUCAUGUCCUGAUGUGGAUCCGAUGAAAGAGAGUCCCCAGACUCUUCCCAGCGAAGGCGAUGACAAUGAUGUUCUCAAUGGAACCGUUUCACAGUCAGUGACUGAUGAUCAAGAAAAUGAAGAAGCGACUGAUGAUCGAGAGAAAGAAGAAGUGACCGGUGACCCAGAAGAAGAAGGGGACGAAGGAGAAUCAGAGCCCAGUCCAGCGCUUCAAGACUUGGACGAUGAAUUGUCAGAGGAUGUGGAGAUGAUGCUAGAUCCACACUGCAACCCUCCACUGCAGCUAGGAAAGAAACAGAAGCUGAAAUACAAGCCUAGGCUGAACGUGGUGUGGCAGAGGAGACUCGAGGCUUCUCAGAAGGAGAGAGAGGAACGAAUGAAAGAAACGGAAGCGGGCAAGUCAGAUCCUCAGGCACAGAAUCUGAAAACAACCAAGAACAAAGCUUACGCUUCUGUCCCCUGCAGGAUUUAUGAGAAGCAACCCAAACAGCCUCACCGAAGUCCAGAAGAGUUUACACAAGAAUCACAGGACUUAGACAUCUUUGACACUGAAUUAGACCGAAGGAAGUCUUUCCCUCAAGUGGAUCCACACAAGGAUCCUCACCAUCUUGGAAUAGACUGUAAGAUCGAGCCGAGAGGAAACAGGUCUUCUGAACUUCGUUAUCUGAGGUCCACGGCGCUGAAGGCCGCUGAUACUGAUCUAAAGCGACCUGGUUUCUUCCAUCCACUGAGUCGCGCCAACAGUCGACACGCUUUAUCUGAGGCUUACAGCCGCAAUGUUAGCAACACUCUACCUCUUAGAAGAUCAAACACCAUCCACUUAGGGACUUCCCGCCAAAAUCCCAAUGGAACUACAGCUGAGGACGCUGCAAACAAGGAGAGUUUAUCAACAGCGCUUUCUCUAAAACCUGUUCAAAGCAACGUCACUUCAGUGAACCAUUUCCAAACAGAACUCCGAAGAGCAAAGUCACUAACCCAUCAAGGACCAACAUUGCUAAGCCACUUGGCGUCGUCUAAGGAACCAGUUGUGGGCCAUAGACCACCACAUUUACAGAGGCCUUCUAUUAAAAGUUAA